UUAUAACAAUAGUUAUAGUAGUAUAGUUGUAGUAGUAGUAGCCUACUAGGUACAAUUUUUUGCACUAUUUAUAAUCCAUGUGCUAUUCUUCAUAUUCAUUCAAAACACAUACAAAACACAUAACUAUGGGUAGAAGAAGAAGUACUCUAAUUCCAUGGUUUGGGUCCCUAGAAGUAUUCUUCUUCAUAUUUUCACUUCUUCAUGAUCAUGUUAUUCACUCAACUCCAUCCACCAAACCUAAUCAAGUUUACAUUGUUUACUUAGGUAGAAAAUACAUGAAAAAUAAUGACACUGAUAAGUUCAUUACUUCUAAGCGCCAUCUUCAUCUUCUUUCCAAGGUCUUUUCAAGAAAAGAAGAAGCUAAGAAAUCCAUGAUCUAUAGUUACAAGCAUAGUUUUUCUGGGUUUUCAGCAAUGCUCAAUUCAAGUCAAGUAAAUGCCUUGGCCAAAACGAAAGAAGUAAUUUCAGUAUUUAAAAGCAAGAGUGUAAAGUUACAAACUACAAGAAGUUGGGACUUUAUGGGGCUUAGCUUGACUAAUAAUAAUAAUAAUAAUAAUAAUAAUAAUAAUAAUAAUAAUAAGCUUGCCUAUGGUGAAAAUAUUAUUGUUGGAGUUAUUGAUUCAGGUGUAUGGCCAGAAUCUAAAAGUUUCCAAGAAGAGACUGGAAUGAAUCCAAUCCCUUCAACAUGGAAAGGAAAAUGCGUUAAAGGAGAUCAGUUUAAUCCAGAAAAAGCAUGUAACAAUAAGCUUAUCGGAGCUCGUUACUAUCUCCAAGGCUUUGAAAAUACCUAUGGCUCUUUAAACAAGAGUGGAAACCCUGAGUACCGCUCAGCCAGAGAUUUUCUUGGACACGGGACCCACACAGCAUCCAUCGCUGUGGGGUCCAUAGUUGAAGAAGCAAGUUUGUUAGGGUUAGGUUUAGGCACAGCAAGAGGUGGUGCCCCUAGGGCACGUUUGGCUAUCUACAAGGCAUGUUGGGGAAAGGACUAUGUUGGACAAUGCACUGAGGCUGACGUUUUGGCAGCCUUCGAUGACGCUUUGCAUGAUGGUGUGCACGUGAUCUCAGCCUCAAUUGGGGCAUCUCCGCCGUUGCCUGAGCUAUUUGAAUCAAGUAAUUCCAUUGGCUCAUUCCAUGCCAUGCAACUUGGAGUUAGUGUUGUUUUUGCUGGUGGAAAUGAUGGACCGAAUCCAGGCCUUGUCACCAACGUCGAGCCAUGGUCUCUUUGUGUUGCUGCUUCUUCAGUCGAUCGAAUGUUUUCAACCAAUGUGAUUGUGCAAGGCAACUUUUCUGUUACGGGAGAAAGCUUUAUCACAGAGCCAAUUACAGCAAAGCUAGUUGAUCCAAUUACAUAUUUUACAAAUGGGGUUUGCAAGUUGGAUUAUAGGAAGAAUACAAAAUCAGGUAAUGGAAGAGUAGUGUUGUGCUUUUCAAGAGUUGGUCCAGUGGAAUUGGAAGAAGCACAAGAAGCUGCUUUGGGAAUCAAUGCCUCAGCUUUGAUAUUUGUUCAACCAUUCACAACACUUUCUGGCCCUGAUUUUUUCCCAACUCUUUAUCUUGACAUUCUUCAAGGAACCAAACUUAAACACCAUCUUGCCCUUUUCAUGAGGCUUCCUAGGUUGGAAAUAGUAGCAACUAAAACAAUUAUUGGCAAGUCAUUAGCACCCAAAGUUGCAUUCUUCUCUUCAAGAGGGCCAAGUUCAAUUACACCUAAUAUUCUCAAGCCAGAUAUAACUGCACCCGGUGUGAAUAUACUAUCAGCUUGGCCUAGAAAGACACCUCCAACGAUUAUACCUUCGAGUGCAUACAAAACCCCAGUAAGUUGGAAUAUCAUGUCUGGAACAUCCAUGUCAUGUCCUCACAUCUCAGGCAUUGUUGCUCUUCUUAAGUCUGCUCAUCCAUGUUGGUCUCCUGCUGUUAUUAAGUCUGCUAUCAUGACUACAGCGUAUAUAAAGGAUCAAAUCACCGAGGGAUACAACAUAGUAAACGAUGAAUCAAUGAAAGUUUCUGAUCCCUUCGAUGUUGGUGCUGGCCAUGUAGACCCCGUGAAAGCCAUGGAUCCGGGCUUAGUCUAUGACAUGAAAACUAUUGACUACGUUUUAUACCUUUGCAACCUUGGCUACAACCAACAACAAAUCAAUGCCUUGAUUCAUCCCUCUUGCGAUGAUGAUACAACUACAUUAACUUGCUCACAAGUCAUAAAAUCCAAAGCUAACAUAAAUUAUCCUUCGAUCACAGUCUCAAAUCUCCACUCGAGAGUCACAAUCUCAAGGACAGUCCGCAAUGUUGGUCUGAGCAAGUUUGCUAUGUAUUUUAGUAGUGUUGUCGAGCCACAUGGAGUAGAGGUGGUGGUGUGGCCUAGGGUUUUGGUUUUCUCAUGGUUUAGGGAAGAAAUUACUUACUAUGUCACUCUUGUACCGACAAAAAAGUCUCGAGGAAUGUAUGAUUUUGGAGAAAUAGUUUGGUCGGAUGGUGUUCAUAGGGUUAGAAGUCCUUUGGUUGUUUGUGUAAACACAAUUACAAGUCUUGAUGAUGGUAUUGCUCAUAAUGAUUAUCAACUAAGUGGCUUUAUUACUAGCUAGGGUUUUUCUUUUUUGCUUGUCUUUGAAUUUAAUGUUUGUAAUAUUAGAUAUAAGGGACAUGAUUAUUGUUAACCUUUUA